ACGGUGGUGCGGCGGCACCGGGCAUGCCGGUGCCUUCAGCCUGCAGCCCCCCCGGGGCCCGGAGCGCUAUAAAACGGGGGGCAGCCGGAGGAGUGCAAAGGAAUUGAAAACCCACCACUCCCUUUCGACUUCUUCCCCCAAUCUCGCAGUCGCAGCACAGGACUGUUCGUCCGUCCGGCGAUUCAUCUUCUGCGCUCCCUUCCCUCCCGAACGGUCGGUCCUUGCAUGGCAGCAGCGGCAAGCUCCAAGGGGCGGGCGAUCGCUGGAAGCUUCGUCAGCCGCGUCCUGGCCGGCAAGGCCGCCGCCUCCCCGAGGAGGGCCGUGCACGCCUCGGCGUACGACAAGAACCUGGAGGACCAGGUGCGCCCGGCGUUCGUGCCGGACGAUGUGAUCGGCGGCGCCGCCAACCCUGACAAGUACUGGGGCCCCCACCCCAAGACCGGCGUGUUCGGCCCCGCGGCGGUGGACGCCAACAAGGCCGCCGGCGCGCCGGACGCCGCCGCGAAUGGUGCGGGCUCGGUGCUGGACCAGAAGGUGUGGUUCCGCCCCCUUGAGGACGUCGAGAAGCCUCCCCCCGCCGCCUGAGGCCGGCCGUCAGCCCACUGCCGAUAAGUUUGUGUGAGAGCCCGGCACUGAUACUCCUAUCACUCUGCUCCGCUGGGCUCCCUUGCUUAUCGACCGCUAUAAUACUGCUUGGAAGUAGUAGUGUGGCUGUGCUAAUACUGGGUUUAUGGUAGUAGUAUCAGGCAUGGCGUGCAUCAGGACUGGUAGUAGCUGUAGUAGCAACGUGAUGCUCGUGCCCGUGCCUGUGCCUGUAAUAAGAGCAAGCAGGAGAUGCGCGCAUGUCCUGCUUGUGGGUGUGAUGUACCUGCGUCCUUUAUCCGUGUUAUAUAAGUGUUCGGGUCACUGGUUUGCGCAUG